UCCAUGAUGCCCGGAAAAAAAGAGUACCACAUCGAUGGCCAGACUCGCGGGGCCCUGCAGGCCAAUACCGGCGUACGAUUUCUUCUCCGGGCCAAGCUCACACUCGAAUCUCGGCACUCUUCGGAUAUCAUCCCUUGGGCGCAAAGCCUUGCAGAAAAGAUCACCAAGGCAGUGGUGGAAACAGCCGGCCACGACCUGGCGCAUUUUGUUAUGCACUUGAACGUAAUCCGGUUGCUUAGCCACCGCCCGUACGCGUUUAUUUGCUACGACGUCUUCUUGAACGAAUGCGACGGGCAAGCACGAAACCAGUUCUCGCAAAGCCCCCAGCAGCCAAUCCACGAAAUCAUCAAGCGGGGGAACAGCUGCCAUGUCAUUCGGAGCAAAAGGAUGGACGACACGGUAGCAGCCCAGUACGGCCGCAUGCAGGAAGUCGAUAACGGUCCGCGGCCGUACUUUGCGGACAGCCGGUAUCCACCACUCUACGUCGACGGCAGGCGAGUUGAGAGGUCUAAAGAUGGGAAGCCCGAUCCUGACGAACCGGAAGGAUGGGACUGGGAGCGUGGGCUAGUAUUUCAGCCGGAAGAGGAUGAGUUGAACGGUGAUGAAUCGAAGGAGGAUGAGCUGGAGGAGGAUGAGUUGAAGGAGGAUGAAGAGGAUGAGCUGAAGGGAAAUGAGGUGAAAGGUGGCGAGUUGAAGAGGAAUGAUGGGGAGUGAUCCCCGCGAGGUUGAGAAAACAGACAUGAUUCGGCUUGUGGAUUGGGAACGUCAAACUAAACCACUCCUCCCAUCCAGUAUCAUGUCGAGGCCCACGCCAAAGUGCUACUAGUGUUACUACCUCUUUUCCGUCCUUCUGUCCAGCCGAAACCAUGAUUCCUGUUCAAAAGGGAUAAAACGUGGAAACAAACGAACAAA